CACGUCGGUCUUCUCCUUUUUAUUGGAAUUUUGUAAGAAAUGACGGAAAGACGAGUCAUAUGGCAGCGUCACUAAAUUUGACCAGAUCUUGAGGAAGUGGUUGUACGACGGAGCAGAUGUCGAGCGAGUCAAGCAGCAGACUUGUGUUUUUCCUUUGAAGACUGAACAUGUCCACGGAUGAGAGAAAGCUCGACGACCGCUCCUCCUGAGAAUCUGAAGAGGUCCGUCCACUGUGGAGGUGCUGCUGUUCUCAUCUCGGUUCCCAACAGGGAGGCUGUCCGCAUCCGUCCAGAGAGCCGCAGGUGUUCAAUACGGAGUGAACCAGCCCGGCUCAUGGCAAAGAUGGGUUGGGCUGCUGGGACGCAGUGUGUAGCCAAAGGAGCCCACAGGAAAGCCAAACCUGGAGAGCUGGUGUAUCAGAAAGGAGACAUCCUCACUAUUGUUGACACAAGCACGAGGAAGGGAUAUUACAUGGCCAGACACAACUCCACAGGAGAGGAGGGACUCAUCAACUCCAUCAAUGUCCGUGAAAGAGAAGCUCUCCGAGUUGACCCGGGCCUCAGCCUCAUGCCCUGGUUUCAUGGAAAGAUCUCUGGUCCAGAGGCUGUGUCUAAGCUACAGCCAGCUGAAGACGGUCUGUUCCUGGUGCGGGAGAGCAUCCGGCAUCCUGGUGACUACGUCUUGUGCGUCAGUGUCUCCGGAGAGGUCAUACACUACCGGGUGAUUUAUCAGGACCACAAACUGACCAUCGACAACAACGAGUAUUUCUACAACCUUAUCGACAUGAUAGAGUUCUACUCAAAGAACAAAGGGUCCAUUGCUACAACUCUUCUGAAACCCAAACAGAAACAAGGAACCAAGUCAGCUGAGUUGGAGCUGUCAAAAAGUGGAUGGCUGCUAGACAUUGAAAAGCUCAAACUGGGAGAGAAUAUUGGAGAGGGGGAGUUUGGUGCCGUUUAUGAAGGAGAGUACAUGGGCCAGAGGGUGGCAGUGAAGAUCAUUAAAUGUGAUGUAACAGCUCAGGCCUUCCUGCAGGAGACCACAGUUAUGACGAAGCUGCAGCAUAAAAAUCUGGUGCGGUUGUUGGGGGUCGUCCUUCACCAAGGGCUUCAUAUUGUUACUGAGCUCAUGACGAAGGGAAACCUUGUUAACUUUCUCAGGACGAGAGGGCGUUCAGUCGUAAAAUGUGCUAACCUCCUCCGCUUUGCUCUCGAUGUGUGUGAAGGGAUGGAAUAUCUGGACUCCAAGAAGCUGGUUCACAGAGAUCUGGCAGCUCGGAACAUCCUGGUCUCUGACGACAGCGUGGCCAAGGUCAGUGACUUCGGCCUGACCAAGGUGGACCCUAAGGUGCCUGAUAAAGCCAAACUGCCGAUCAAAUGGACCGCACCUGAAGCUCUGAAGAAAGAGAAAUUCUCCACAAAGUCAGACGUUUGGAGUUACGGUGUUCUUCUGUGGGAGAUCUUCUCUUAUGGUCGUCAGCCUUACCCCAAGAUGACUCUAAGUGAGGUGAAGGAGAAGGUGGAGGAAGGCUAUCGCAUGGAGGCUCCAGAGGACUGUCCCCCUGCUGUUUACUCCAUAAUGAGACUUUGCUGGGAGCACGAACCCCGCAAAAGACCCGGAUUCCCCAAGCUGAGGGAGAAACUUGAACGAGAGAUGGGUAAACUAGACUCUGCUUCAGAGAGCCAGGAUGGGAUCAGAUCUGGAUCUGGAUGCUGAUCUCGGUUUUUGACUUACAGUACUGGAAGCAAAGCACAAGCUUUAGAGACACAGACUCUCCCUGCAGGUCCUCUCAUACACUCAUACACAAGUGGACUUGUUUUCUUUCUGUCCUUCAUGCAAGUGACAAGAAGUUUAAAUGCCAUGAUUAACGCAGUUUUGAUUUUCCUGUUUUUUUUUUUGUUUGUUUGUUUGUUUUUUACAAAUCAUAUGAAGCAUCGUCAUUUUUCAUGUCAGAUCAUUGGGCCAUUCAAUCAAAUUGCCUCUACAGACAUUAUGAACUGAAAUAUCUCUGCUGGACAGAUCAGACUGAGUUUUAUGCAGGCAUUUGUCUUCCUCUCAGGAUGAAUUUUUUUUUAUAACUAUAUGGUAUUAAAAUUGAAUUUCACAACCAGGUAGAUCCAUUCUUAUUACUGUUGCAUAUACUAGUAUGUUAACAACCACAGCUACGGCACAAAUCACACCCAGUGUGGAGUCUCUUUGUGUGAGAUAGAACAACUAGUGGACAAUCGAAAUUAAAACUCACGGACCAUCUACAGCCAUUAACUUUGACUUCUGCUGAUGCUAUGCAUGUAGUGCUAGCCCAGAGGCAACAAGAAGAGGAGUAAACAACUUGUAUCUCAAGAAACGAGUCUGGAGAUGCCACGUUUUUCCUUUUCUUAAUAAAUCCCACAGAAAGACAAACAACUGAAGUGGAUUCCACUGGGAUGUGUAAAUAUUUACAAAAUUAUCAAGAACUUUAAUUGUCACACACACACAAAAAAACACACCAAUGACAGAGCAUCACCAGACUUUUCCUUCGACAGUGUUUUAAAGCACAAGUAUGAGCGGCUGCAGAGAGCAGUGGUGCUUGUGGAAAUACUGUGUGUUUGAAGUGGGUUCAGUCAGUCAGGGAGGAGCAAGUGGGAUUUGGCAUUGAUCAAAAAUGAAUGUUCCAUCUUAUGUGUAGAGUCGGUGCAGGUUAUCAGUAGGAGAAAUAGAAAACAGGCUUUGUGAUAUAUUUUUUGUCACUUUGUGUAUUAUACUUUACUAGUCAGAAUACUUGGUGCUGACUUUGAUUCCUUUCAUUCAAAUUUAAUUUGUUUUGUAAAACAAAAUCUAUGGGAAAUGCAGCAUUCAUUAUGACGUCCUCCGCCAUCUUUGUUGGGAUUUUGAGAUUAUUGCAGUGACUUUGUGUAAUCCCCAGUCCUCUUGGGAUCUCUUUGGCUUUUUUUGCAGGUACAGCAUAUUUUGUCCUAAUCAUGAGGGGAAAAAAUGUUUCAGGCUGCAACGUUUAUGUCACAUAUUCUAUUUAUUGAAGCACACAUCACUCAUUUUAAAGUAUGCAAGCCUCUUUCUGAUAGAAAUGCAAUAAAUGUUUUUUUCCUCCUUUCCACUUCAGAUCUCCUCUUCCACCUCUUUUCUUUUUGGAUUGUUGUCAUGUCACAAGACCAAAUUAAAGAUGUUGUUUGAUUUAAGUCUA